AUGAGUCGAUGUCUCUUCCUACUUAUUUUCUUUUAUUCUGUAGUCGUCUAUGAAUGUGCCAUUUUCAGGCAAGCUCGUGUGAAGAGAUGUAACGAGUGUGGCGGAUACGGUGGAGGGUUCUAUCCAGCGGGAAAGUUUGGUCGUGGAUAUUUUGGUGGGGAGGGUUACGAAAGCCGGCAGUUUUACCAGUCUCAAAGAUUCGGUGGAGGCUACAACUACGGAGGAGGAGGUUUUGGUGGUGGUAUGCGUCCUUAUGGUCCCAUGGGCAUGGGCCCAAGAGGUCGAAUGGGAAUGGGACCAAUGGGACGAUUCGGACCCCGUAUGCCUCCUCCUCCACCUCCACCUCCUCCACCUCCAGCUUAUGGAGCUCCAUGUCAAACUGGAUGUCAAGCAGGAAUGGUUCCUCCUGUUGGAGCAGCCAGUUCAGCAAGUCAACAAGAGCUUUCCAUUUCUACCAACUUCAAUCUUCGUUCUGGAGCGGCGAGCACUGUAAUUGGACGCUAA